UAUGUCAAAAAGCAAAUAAAAAUAUAACUCCACAAAAAAGGGGUUUUAGAAGUGAUAAUACGUAAUAAUUUUGAGCAACAUAAUGACCCAUUUUUUACAAAGCGAGCUGCCACCUGAUGAUUCUGAAUCAAAAAUAUUACAAAAAAGACCAUCAAUCCCGGUUACGUCUACAAUUGAUAUUUUCAGUACAUCCAGUGUUCUAAUACAAAAGGAUAUAGGCAAAUUAAAGUUGAAAAAAUCGAAAAGGUUGUUAUGUCUUGUGUGUAAAAAUCCCCCCAAAUAUACUUCGGGAGAGAUGGAGUUACGUUUGCAGAGAUUACAAAGGCUUUGUCUCUCGCAUGUGAGGGAUGCUUACAGACUUCAUUUACUUCGUUUACAAGGUUUGGAAUUGAUACAAGAAUUUUUGCAAAGGGCUCGUGUUAACGAUUUGACAAUUCAACACAUUAAACCUCUUGUUUGGUGUGCCGUGAGUUGUCUUCAUCAUUUUUAUAUUAGGUCCUCUUUUAAACGCGGAAUCACACCAUGGAUCAGAAGGAGACAAGCAAAAAGGGCGACCACGAUUUUUGAAAAAGUUUUACAAUUUUUAGAAAUGCAUCGUCACAUUGUUAUAGAAUCAGCGUUGACAUUUCUUACCGAAGGUCAAGUAUGGUAUGAUGAAUAUAUUACAUCCGAGACUCUGAAAAGCCUUUUCGAUACCAGCGAACAAUAUGAGAAGGGUCUUCAAAUAAUAUUAGACAAUUGCUUGUCGUUAUUACCAAAUGCAGUUGUUUAUGCUGAUCAAAUCUUAUCAACACUGACGUACACAAUAAAAAACCAUAUAUGGCUAGAGUUAAGUGACGAUCUCAUAGAAAGAAUUCUGAACAUUUAUCUCAUCAGUCUCAAUCCAGAAAACGAAGAAAAUUAUUUGUAUGCACCAAUGAAAGAAUGCCUGGAAUCGUUCGUGAAAGUCGUUUUGGAACGAAUUAGCAGCACUGAACAUAUGAAAAUACUAAGCGAACUGAUAAAAUGGCUGAUGGCGAACAAUCUUCGUCACGAAUUAGUUCUGGAAUUCGGUAAUUUAAUUGAACACGCUGCUAAAGCUCAUUCAAUUACCUUUUAUUACGAAACCCUGGUCGAGGAUGUACUGCUGUUGGUUUUUAAGUUGAUCGCGUCGGAAACCAGAUCUUACAGUCUUUUAGGAAAUCGAAUUUUCCAAUGUUUGAUGGACAGAGGCAAAAACAGGAGUUACUUUGAUACUCCAAAGAUAUUCUUUAGGGAUAUUAAGUACGACAUCGAAGUAAAAGAAUGCAAAUCCUGUGACGCGUAUUUUAUUAGGAGGUUUAGAGAGACAAUUCACGAUACUUUCAUGAGAGCUGUUAAAAAUCAUGGCUCGUACAGAUUGAAUUUAGAAAACGUAUACAGAUCAAUAUGCAUUCUCAUUGUCGAAGUCCCCGCUGGUUCUACAGCGGCGACGGUGGUUUGUUUGGCGAUGGCUUGCCAAGAAUAUGCUAUUUCUGGAGUCGAUUUGGACAUGAGCUAUACAAAUCAAAUACAUGCAACUGUAAUCUCUAUAUUAUCGUUGGUGUGCUGGGUGAAUUCAGCAGAUGUUUUUUACGAUUAUCUUUACUCAAUAAUGGAGAAGAGGGCGGCCGAAGCCCCCCAAUUGAACCCCCCUUUACGUAACACUUACGAGUACGCAGAACAUCAUGUUCAGUGGCUGAAGCUCGACUUAUUUUUCGAAGAUUGGGAGGUCAGGUACGGACUUUGGAAACGCUUCAAAAAAUCAGAAAAGAAACGAAGCACUCUUAGUAAAUUAACCCGCACAGGAUCUAGUUCUCUUAGUCUUAUUGACUAG